GUCUCUGGAACCGCUGCUUGUGAACCUCGUCGGCCGCCAUCCUUUCAUCUUCGAGGGGUCGUGUCUGCUUCAGAGGGUGGUCGCCUGGUUUUAAAACAGCUGUUCCGUGAUUUGCCUCCAGCGGUGAAGACAGAAGGCAUCCAUCGGUUGAGCAUCUUUGUCAUCUGCAAAUAGAGUUGGCCAGGUGGCAAGUUUAUGGACUGGAGUAAGAAAAACCUGCUUCUCCCUCUGACUUGGGUUCUAGUCUACAGGACCAUCUUCAGUAAUAGAAGAAGGAGGCUCCAGUCUUGGGAGAUCAUGGAUUCUGGCAGCAGCCUGACCUGAGAUCCCUGACCAUAACCUCCAGGCAGGUCUGGAAAGAGAGAAGACAGAACACACCCUGGAGUUACACGCCCUUUCUUAAGAACUGGAGAAGAUGAACAAGGUCCAGGGCUCUGUGUCAUUCGAGGAUGUGGCUGUGGGCUUCAGCCAGGAGGAGUGGCAGCUCCUGGGCCCAUCUCAGAAGGCCCUGUGCUGGGACGUCAUGUUGGAGAACUACUGCAACCUAGUGUCAGUAGGAUAUCAGGCUCCCAAACCAGAUUCACUCUUUCAGUUGGAACAAGGACGACCCCCGUGGAAGGUCAAGGGAGCAGCCCUGAGUCCAACCUGCCCAGGUUUAGUUUUUGGGAAUAGAAGAUACUCAGGAAAGGAUUCUGAUGGGUUCAGUGGGUAUGGGAAAUCAUCUGUCUGCCUCCAGGAUAAUAAAACUCUUAGUGGAAUCAGAUACUAUGGUUGUGUGAAACCCAGUAGCACUAAAUCACCACUCAGUGGCCAUCAGAAAACUUAUUCAGGAAAGAAGCCAUAUGCAUGCAGUGAGUGUGGGAAGGCAUUCUCCAGGAAGGCACAGCUCAUUAGACAUCAGACAACUGAAAGGGGAGAGAAGCCCCACAGAUGCAGCACAUGUGGGAAAGCAUUCAUGAAGAUUCAGCUCACUGAACAUCAGAGAACUCAUACGGGAGAGAAGCCCCAUGAAUGUAAUGAAUGCAGGAAAGCCUUUUCCAGAAGGUCGCAGCUCAUGGUCCACCAGAGAAGUCACACAGGAGAGAAACCUGCGGGAUGUGGUGAGUGUGGAAAAGCCUUCAGCCAGAGGUGCUGGCUCAAGAGACAUCAGCGCUCUCACACCGGAGAGAAACUAUAUGGCUGCCGUGUGUGUGGGAAGGCCUUUUCCCAAAAGGCUUAUCUCAUUGCCCAUCAGAGACCCCACACAGGAGAGAAGCCCUAUGAGUGCCGCAAAUGCAAAAGAAUCUUCUUUUUUAAGUCUGACCUGACCAAGCAUCAGAGAAUUCACACAGGAGAGAAACCGUAUGAGUGCAGUGACUGCAAAAAGGCCUUCCGAAGUAAGGCAAAGCUCAUUCAGCACCAGCAAACUCACACCAGAGAGAGACCGUACAGCUGCAGUGAAUGCGGCAAAGUUGGCCCACAUGUUCUCAUCAAACAUAAGAAGACUCACUGGAGAGAGAAAGCUGUAGAUUCCCCAGAGCUGAAGAAGCCCUCCUCCAGGCGUCAUAGCUCUUUAUGCCUGAGCAAACUCGUUCAGGAGCAAAGCCCUGUGAACACAGUGCCUGCGGAGAUGGUGUCUUCGGGAACCCAGUCCUUAGUAAACAGUGAGCUGCUAAGGGGCAGAAAGGUGAUUAUGGCCCAGCCUUUUCUAAGAAGUCAGGCCUCAGUAGAUAAUCGGGGGUUUACCCAGGGAAUAAGCCUCGGAAAUGCACUGAAUGUGACCACCCCUUCAGUAACAAAUUGUGUCUUAUAUGUUACAGAUACCGCAUAGCAAGAAAAAUCCUCGGGUAUCAGAGAUGGGGGAAAGCCUUGAGCCAGAAUCUUCCCCACACUCAUUAUGUAUCAGUGCUCACUUAGGGCAGAAAUGCCGGACUUCCCUCGUGGUUCAGUGGUUAAGACUCCAAGCUUCCAGUGCAAGAGGUGCAGGUUCGAUCCCUGGCUGAGGAACUAAGAUCCCACAGGCUGUUGUGGGGUGCAGCCAAAAAAAGAAAAAAGUUGAUGUCAGGACAAAAAUGCCGUGGAUGCAGUGGUCGUGGAGAACAUGUCUAUGAAAAGUUAGACUUAGUAAAUAUCAAUGAGAUCACAUGGAGCAGAAAUGUAGUUCUCGUGGGGAACCCAUUUCCCAGAGGUGGUAUCCCAGUGGGUUUCAAAGAGUUCCCACGGGACCGAAACCUUAGGAAAGAGUGGGAUGGUCUUCAGUGAUCAAUUAUACCUUCUCACUUGUCAGAGAAGCAUAGAAAGACAACCUUAGAGGUGCUGAAAGUGGAAAAAACAUUUAUAAAAUGUGGAAGAAUGCAUAGAAAAGAGAAAUCCCCUGAAAGCCAUAAAAAAAAAAAGGAAAUUGUAUCCUCAAACUAAGUUGUGUAUCACAGUUUUACCUUGGGAAAUGGGGAGAGACUGCUCUAAGUAAAGGAAAUCUUAGACGUCAGGAAUUGCACUAUGGAGUGAAAACCUCAGAAUAUAAUGAAUGUAAAAGAACAGCUGUAUUAGUUUCUUGUGGCUGCUGUAACCAGUUUUCACAAACUCAGUGUUUCAGAAUAGCACAGUGUAUUAGUCCAGAGAUCUGAAAUCCAAAAUGCAUCUCUCUGGGCUUAAAAACAAGGUUGUUGCAGGGUCACAUUUCUUUAUGGAGGUUCUAGAGCAGACUCGGUUUCUUUGUCUUCCCAGCUUCUAGAAGCUCCCCAGAUUCCGUGACUUUUGGCCCCUUUCCUUCCUUAAGGCCAGUGAUGACUGAUCAACUCUUCCAUCUCAUUUUUCUGCCUCCUCCUUCCAUACUUAAGGACCCUUGUGAUUACAUUGGGCCCACCCAGAAAAUUCAAAAUAAUCUCCUAUCUUAAAAUCAGUUAAUUAGCAUCUUUAACUCCAUCUACUAACUGUGUCCCCUUUGCUUUAUAAUACAGCCUAUUCACAAGUCCUGGAUAUAAGGAUGUAGACAUCUUUGGGAGGCCAUUAUGCUGCCUAUCAAAGGCUACCCUUUGGCACCCAAUGGUUCGUGUCCAUCCCACGUGUAAAAUGGAUUCACCCUAUCCCACCAUCUCCAAGUGUCUCAGCCUGUUACAGGACCAACUCAGAGUCCAAAAUCUCACCUAAAACGGAUCCACUCAGGAGUGCGAAAUCUCACCUUCUAAAGCUAAUAUUGGUGAGCCUCUGGGUAUAAUCUGCCCUGGGGCACAGUUUCUCUCUGUGAACCUUAAAACUCUAGAAACAAUUUAUUUGGCCCUAAAAUGGCUUAAUGCCAUCUUCUGCCUUAAUUCCUCUUCACCAUACAAUGUAACAGAUUUCCAGAUUCUGGAAAUUGGGACAUGAACAUCUUUGGGGUUUGCCCUGAUAUUGCCUACCCCAAAAACAUUAGAUUUCAGAGAGUUUGCACUUCAGUAAAUUCCUGCCUACCCCUUCAAUAAAUUUGGAACAGCAUGUUCCCAGUGAAGCAGUUAUCUAAAGUAAUUAUGAUCUAAGUACAUUAACAUUUUUUUUCUUUAAUCAGAGAAUCUUGUACUAAUUCUUAGACAUGAACACUGUGGAAUGCUCUUGAAACAUAUGAAUCAAAUUGUCAGCACUGGAAAAGAACUCUCUCCUAAUGGAACAUGAGAUUUUUGCUGCUGGAAAUACUACCAAACAUAACGUUUGUAUCUGUUCUGAAAUUGAAUAGAUUAAUAUAUCCACAUAUAAAAUUCCAUGGGCAGAGGAUCCUGGUGGGCUACAGUCCAUUUUAAUCAGCAGAAUUACCAAGAAAAAGAUUAAAAAUAUGAAACACAAAACACUAAGCAGACCGUGAAAAGGACGCUUGUUUGCGUUAGGAGAACUGAAAUAAGACAGCAGCAUUUUGUUCAGGCUCAGCCGGGAUCAUGCACAUCGGGUGACUCAAGUUAUUUGUUGCUCAAAUUAUUGGCUAUGCGUGUCUGCAGAUGUUCCUGAAAGUGCUGUGAUUAUUGAUUUUGGGUUAAAAAGAAAUUUUAGCAGUCAGGUGAAUUCACGGUUAAAUCCAUGAAUAAUGAAAACUGACUGAACUUUAUUUUUAAAUUUUUCUGCUGGUUUAUGUACAUCUAAAUGGUCGUUUUAAUAAUAUCCUUUCUACAUAUUUUAGAUAUCCUGUUUCUCAAUACAGUAAACCUUUAUCUUAAACAUUCAUAUUAUCUUGUGUUGAUAAUUCCUGUAUGUGUAGUCAUUUCAUAUCUGAUUCUGUUAUUUGUUCUGUCUGUUGAAAAGUGUCCAAAAGCUCCUUGAGGGCAGAUUUUUGCUGUGUUUAUAUGUUAGCACUUAGUUCUUCACCUUUUAAAUAGUUGUCUGAGAUGUUUUAUAGAGACAUUUUAUAUCCCUGUUUUAGGGAUAUUUUACCUGUAAAAUAUAGUGAAUAUGCUUUUGAGAAACUUCUGAUUUACUAGACUAGUUGAUAAUUAAGUGUUCAAUUGCAAAAUCAGUAUAAGGGCAUUUUACUUCUUUUCAUAGUAACUGAUGAAAACUGUUACCCAGAGAGAGAGCGCCUUGGUAACUUAUGGUGAAAACAGCCACCUGUAGGUCUUUUGCUCAUUAGUAAUGAUCACCACAGGCUUCCCAGGUGGUGCCAUGGGAAAGAAUCCACCUGCCAAUGCAGGAGGCCCAAGAGACAUGGGUUCAAUUCCUAGGUUGGGAAGAUCCCCUGGAGGAGGAAAUGGCAACCCACUCCAGUAUUCUUGCCUGGAAAAAUUCCAUGCACAGAGGAGCCUGGCAGGCUGUAGUCCAUGGGAUCACAAAGAGUCAGAUACAAUUGAGCACACAUACACAUUCACAAUGAUCACCACACACUGGAAGAAGAAUGUGUGAUAAUUAAUAGGGACUGGUGUUAUUUGACGGAGAAGGCAGUGGCACCCCACUCCGUUACUCUUGCCUGGAAAAUCCCAUGGACGGAGGAGCCUGGUGGGCUGUGGUCCAUGGGGUCACUGAGAGUCAGACACGAUAG